CCUACGCUUCCUCCCAUGACUCCUGAGUAUAUUCCCUUCAGCGAAGUGGACCAGAUCCUAGCCAUCAUGGGCGUAUUUUGCGGAUUUGCAUUUGUAGCUGUCCUCUUGCGCAUCUACGUCCGGGCGGUCAUGCUGAGAGUCUUUGGGGUAGAUGACUACAUUAUGGUCAUUGCAAUGGUAUUCCUGGGACUCGCAACGUUUGGUCACUUCCUCGCCGAAACGCACUAUGGCUUCGGAAAGCAUUUCAUGGUGAUGCUCACGACACCGGGGAUGUACACGACAUUCGCUGAGCUUCUAUUCUUCCACUCCAUUAUUGUCAUGGUAGCUGUUACAAGCGUCAAAAUUAGCAUUGCGCUCUUGAUCGGUAUUAUUAGUAGUGCUAUUCGCGACCGCAUGCAGCAUGACCUCAUCUUCCAAUGCAUACCAGUACAAUCAGCCUGGGACACGACUUUACGACCACCGCCCGUGGACGUCGGCACGGCCAAGUGCUACAGCAAGACCAUCUUCCGCAACAUCGCCAUCAACAUCGCAAACGACAUCCUCUUCGCCACCCUCCCCAUCCUCCUCGUCCGGUCCCUAAAACUCAACACGCGCACCAAAACCUCCCUCAUCCUCACCCUCUCCCUCGGCUUCUUCGCGUCGGCCGUCGCCAUCGUCAAGGCCGUCCAGCAGUACAACGUCCUCGCCGACAUGGACUGUACCAUGAACGAUUCCUUCAACGUCUGGAAGUUACAUCGGACUCUGGGCUGGUAUCGUCGCCGCCACGCUCCCGAGCCUGAAACCACUCUUCCGCUGGUUGCUGGAUACCGCACGCGCGCUGACGACGGCGGGGAGCUGGAAUGGGGGGCUGAAUUAUGGGAGCGGGAGUAAGAUGGGGCUGGGGUAUUUUAGGGCUGGGGAGGGGCCGGG